UUUAUAUUGGACUACAGGAAUCUUAAUAAACUUCUUAGCACAGAAGGUUGGAGGACAAAAUAGUUGUAUAGAUUCCGAAGUAUAAUUAGUAAGCGUCAGUCGUCAGUCGUCUGUCUUUAUUGUUGUUAUUCCGAGCCUCUAAACGGUUCUACUUUGUAUAAAGGUCUUUGAUUGUACAGAGUUUAAUUGUACAGAGUUUGAUUGUACAGAGUUUACUUAUGCCAAUUUAAAAUGGCAGAUAUAGAAAAUAAGCCGGAAAAGGAAGAUAUUGAGAUCGGUUACGAAGUUACCUUCGACGGUCUCAAUGAUAAGGAGGAUGCCACACAACUUUCGACGCUUCGAAAAUGGCUCAUUGUCGUUAUUAUAUCGUUAGGCUCAACGUGUAUCACUUGUUUAUCUUCAUGCUGGACAUUAGCUUCUACUAAUAUUAUCAACCACUUUGGAGUUAGUGAAGAAGUUUCUGUGCUUGGCAUUUCCUUGUUCAUUAUAGCUGUUGGAUGUGGAGGGGUGUUUUUGGCACCCAUGUCAGAAUACUAUGGCCGCAAAAAAACAUACACAAUUGGACUUUUCCUUUGUGGUACGUUCAAUCUACUACCCGGGUUUUGUGAAAACUUUGGAGGUGUUUUGUUUGGUCGCUUUGUUUCUGGAUUUUUUGCAUCUAGUUUCAUGGCUGUGGCUUCUGGGACGUUUGCUGAUAUUUUCCCAAAGGACAAGCUAGCAUACCCGGUUGCGCUCUACACUAUGUCACCAUUUGUGGGACCAGGUUUGGGACCUCUUAUGUCGGGGUUUAUCAACAAGUAUAUCGACUUCAGAUGGACUUUCCACGUUAUGACCAUUUGGUGUGCCGUUAUCGUGGUGAUGGUAGUGUUGUUUGUUCCAGAAACGUACCAACCGGUACUAUUGAUGGCUAAGGCCAAAAGAGUCAGGAAAGAAACUGGUGAUGAUAGGUACUAUGCACCUCUAGAGAAAUCCAAGAGAAGCUUGGUUCAAGCCAUUUUGUUAUCUUGUGAAAGGCCUAUUGGAUUGUUGUUUAGGGAUAAAAUGACCUUUGUUUUGUGCUUCUACACUGGCUUCAAUCUUGCCAUUGUGUACAUGUUCUUUGUUGCAGUGCCAUACAUUUUUGAAACGGUGUACGGGUUUGAAAUCGAUCACGUUGGCCUCACUUUCAUUGGGUUGAUCUUGGGGAUGGCGAUCCUGUCACUUGUUGGUCCCUUCUUUGUUACCAAAUACAUGAAUAAGAAGGCGGCUGCAAAUAAGGGAAUAAUGGAACCAGAGUUUCGGUUUUUCAGCAUUGAAAUCGGAGUGUUUAUUGCUCCUAUGGGAUUGCUCGUGAUGGGGUGGACUGCUUAUCCCCAUGUCCAUUGGAUGGGUCCCAUAAUUGGAAUGUUUAUUUUCGGGUUUGGGAUUAUCUUCAUUUUUAAUGGGAUCUUUGGAUACACUGUUGAUGCAUACAGGUUAUAUGCUGCUUCUGCCAUGGCCACAAACUCACUUGUGCGAUCCAUAAUGGGUGGAGUCUUCCCACUUUUUGGCAAACAAAUGUACAAAAAGAUGGGAAUUCACUGGGCAAGCACUUUCCUUGCUCUUAUUGGAUGUUUGUUGAUCCCUGUGGCAUUCCUUUUUGCUAAGCACGGACCGCGGUUGAGACAGCAAAGUAAGUACGCAUGGGCGUAAGUAAUGGAACUCAGUUGGGACCAGACUGAGAAUACACUAUAUAUAAUAAUGCAGUACACUGCACUAAGCUUGAACCCCAACUUGUUUUACAGCGUAAGGGGAUACGAUUUGGAAGUUAGAAAUAUAAUUCUUUGACCACAGUUCCUCUAGAUAACCCUGGAUACUUCAUAGAACCAGAGGAAGUGGAUAAUUAAUUAGUGGUAAUAGUUAGGCAGAGAGAAAGACGUUGUUUUGCAGCUUGGGUGCUCUUUUCGUUUUGUAGUUGCAGCAUAUUAUGAACUAGUUGGAAAAAUUCAAAUUUGUACAAGAGCACAAGUAUUUGUCAAUUGGUUUAAUUUGUAAAUCAAAUAAAGUAUAGAAGGAGAUCAUUGCAACUUCUAAGACCCUCAAUAU